AUGCCCAGGUCCACCAGAACGACGGGUGGAAGACACCCUGAACCUAGUCGAGAAUAUGACACCCAGUCACUAACUGCGAGUGUAACCGAAUAUCCUAUUGAAAAUGGCAGAACGUACCACAGAUACCAUGAAGGCUCAUACGUAUACCCUAAUGAUGAGCGGGAACUGGAUCGCCUGGACAUGCAGCAUCACAUUUGUAAAAUGCUAAUGGGAGGUCGCUUAUUCUUUGCUCCCUUAAUAAACCCCCAGCUUAUUUUGGACAUCGGUACUGGCUCCGGGAUAUGGCCAAUAGAGAUUGCGCCCUUCUUCCCACACGCCCAAAUCACAGGGACAGAUCUUUCUCCUUGCCAACCCAAUGAGGUUCCCGAGAAUGUCCAUUUCAUUGUCGAUGAUAUAACAGAAGACGAGUGGUUAUGGGACCGCAAUUCUAUCGACUUCAUUCACACAGGACACCUCUCAGGGGCACUGCCCUCAUACAAAGAUCUUAUACGGAAGAUGUACAGACACCUCAAGCCCGGCGGCUGGGCUGAGAUUCACGAAUUCGAUACCAUGGUGAAGUCUGACGAUGGAACAUUACCACCACUAGACGAGUCCAACUUCAGCACAUACCCAUUUCAGGACUGGCUUGAUCUGCAAAUACAAUCAGGCCAUGCGACAGAUCCUCCGAGGCAAUUUCGAGUAGCGCACCGGCUUGCGCGUGGAAUGAGAGAACUCGGCUUCGUUGACGUCCAAGAACGCAUUUUUAAAGCCCCGGUGAAUCCAUGGCAUUCCGACCCGCACCUUCGUAGCGUUGGCCAGUGGAUGGAGACGAAUAUCUUGGAAGCUUUGUCGGGGUGGUCAUAUAAACCUUUGCUUAUGUUGGGGUGGUCCAAGCCGGAGAUCGAAGUCUUCUUGGUUAAUGUUCGACGGAGCGUCCAGGACCGUAGUGUCCAUGCUUAUUUUAAUUUUCAUACAUAUGCCUAUCGGCAUACCGCGAUUACUUCUUCAACUCCUUUAAUUGACCAUGUGUGGAUCAGUGAGGAGCUCCUGGCCUCGACAUUUCGGCGAUUCGCAAGCGGGCAGCGGCGGUAUGAAAGCCGGGUCCCGGGGCCAUUGGAGGCCAGAAGGCGGCUAGCCAAGCGGAGGAAUACAGGCCUAGCUAGUGUAGCUGGCUCGGGACCGAUGGACGAUAUUGCGUGCCUGUUUGGGCGAAAUGGAAAGGAACAUAUGAAAUGGACUAAGCCGGGGAGAAGUCUAGACUACCAGUUCGCUUCGCCGAACCCCCCUGCCGCGCCUGUCAGCUUAUACAAUGAGAAUUUGGACGCCUUCAAUGCCGAGAAUCCGCUUCAAGCUUGGCCUGGCAUUCGCGGUCAGCCGGAGAAACCCACACGCGAGCAGUUUUUUGGUGAACAACUGCGAGAAUACGAAACAGCGAGCGCGCUAAAGGAUGCCAUUCGCGAGAUGGACAUUGAUCUCCGGCAGGAGCCCAGCUAUAGCCGGUUGUUGCUCGAUCAUUUUAUUUCACAAUCGGGUCGCAGAAAAGGCACUAUAAACGAGCUGAUUUUAUUUCUGGAAGAUCCGCAUCUUAACAUUCCUGGAGCUAGGAACUAUAUCGGCGCUAUAGAACAUUAUGCUUCUCGCAGGGCCCGGUUGAGCAAACAGCAUGCUGUAUUCGAUGCCGUCACGCGAGCUUUAGAGCUCGGGACCGUUCCCGCCGAAGAAAUACACGCUAUAAUAAUCAGCCUAUCGGAUUUGGGAAGAACAAAGAAGAGUGCCAAGGCGAACGACGAGAAGCUUUUGACACGGCUCUAUCGCCAAAUGUGGGAAGCUAUUGGCGAGUGCGAUAUAUAUGGGCAUCAGCAUUUGGAUGAACGUAUUGUUGACACUUGGCUUAGCGUUCUCUUGGAAAAUGGAACAGCGGACGACUUCAUCUUAGCCAAAGACAUUCUGUUGGCUACCAAUCACGAUGUGCCAACCGACUCAUGGCUGGCGAAGUUCCUUGCUAGAUGGCUCCACGACCCCCGUUCUUCACGAUUGGGGUUUGACGGGGAGCACGUUAUCGAGCUUUUGAGACCCUUCCAUCCCGACUUGGUGUCGAGUUCGAUAUUAUGUGUCACCGAGGCCCUAUUCUCUUCUGAAAAGACACAUUUUCUGAAAAGAUGGGAGAGCUGUUUAGCUAGACUCCCUGAUCCCUUGGCUAUCGCCUCAUCCCGUGUAUGGACUCAUAUACGCGUAUAUCACGAUGGUACAUCUCAUCUCCCACCGAUGUCACCACGGCAUCGGAUAAUACAGCGUCUCUGGGUACUAUACACUAUGAACGGGGGCACGGUUGGGAAUUCAGGCUCGGAUGUGUCCAGUCCAACUAUGAAGAGCCUUUAUAGGAUGUAUGACACCGCGAGAGGUGAUGAUGGCAUUGAAGACCUGUGGAGCAGCUUGACAAAGGAUAUUCACGAUCUGAAUAUACAAUUUGACUUGGAGGCGAUGGCCGAUGAACUAAGAACCGGAAAGAGCAUGAGCGAUGCAGCUCGGUACACCCUACAGAAAUUCGAAUCUUCUCCCCUGUCCUUUCCCAACAUGUUCGCGGAUAUCCACGUUUUCAACGCUGCGCGCCGGGUUUUCUUCCACAACCUUGAAAAGAUGGUCCGCGAGGUCGACGUCGCAAGUCCUACAUUUCGAAACUAUGCAACCCACACCGCAAGAACGGGGGACACUUACCACGUCUGGACACUUAUUCGCUUCCUCCGAUCACAUACGCCACUCAAGAUAGCCCUGUCAAUGUCAUGGCACCCGCCCGAUCCUGCAGACAAAUCUCUCAUCAGGGACCAGCUAAACCCCAGAACAACCUCCGAGCCGGACCCGCAUGCCUCUCUCGAGCUUAUUCACGCUCUAGCCGCGGCGUUCGCCUGCUCUGAACAACUGUCUCCGCGUAGGGCAUUCCAGUUGGUCCAUUGGCUUUAUGUAUUCUUGUACAAACACGGCGCACCUGUGAGACCGCCUCUGGCACGCGCCUUGUACCACGCAGGCGUGAUUAGGUAUCGAAGGGAGAAAUCGCAUGUCUCCGUUGGGCAGUUUGAGUAUAUCUGGAACAUCGUGGAGCAGGCAGAGGGACCUGAAGUCGUGCGAGCAUUGAAGGCUCGGACCUUUGACGAUUCGGAUUGA